AUGGAACCCUCUCCACGUCAGUGGGAGCCAACCCCUUCCUCCCUCCUAUGGGCCCACGAAAUCCGGCGCGAAAACAUUCACCUGGCCGAUGAAAUCCACAAAAUCAAAGUCGACUUUACCUCAACCGUAGACACACUCAACGAUCUGAAACAGAACAUAAAUGAAUUGAGCCGACAAGUGAAGCAAGCGGAGGCCAAUGCCUCUGAGCAUCUCAAGUGCCUUGAAAUCAGGCUUCUAGAUGGAUCCAAUGAGUUACUUAAGCGCGUCGAAGCCCUGGAGAUUGAAAACGGAAGGUUCAAGGAAGAACUGAAAGAUGUUCGAAGAGAGUGUGCUGCGCGUUCUAGAGAGCUGUCCCUUCUCUUAAAGACGAUGAAGUCUGGGGUUAUAAAUGAGAUUCGGGCGAUAUUGACACAGGAGAGGGGUGCUUUGCCAUUCACUAACUUACUAGGAGGAUCUCAUGGCAAUAGUGGUGAGUAUUUGUCUCGUAGUCCCUUGGAUUCUGGUCUGCUGUUGCUGUGUAUUGGGCUGUCUGGACUGGGGUGUGAAUUUCUGGUAUGGGAAGAUCUUGUUGGUUCGGUCAACUAA